AAAAGAGCUUUUCUUCUCGAAAUUCAUAAAAAGCAUUGGAGGCAUCGAGUCGGUCGAGUGUUUGCAGAUUCUUCCUUACGCUUCACGACUUCUUUUCUUACGCCUGACUCUCCAUCUCCCUCUACAAAUACAGAUCUCAGCUUCUUCUCUAUCACAUACAUAUUUCUUUCGUGUAUUUCCCUCGAUUCUACUCUUUCUUGCUUUCCUCUCUUCCUCCUCUAUUUUCUCUUUCGUUUGGAUUACACAGAGAUAGGGUGUAUCGUCUUGCGAUUGGCUUAGGAUUUCUCAGGGUUGGGAAUUCGAUGGAUUUGUCAACGAGUCAAGCUCCUGAAUUCGAUUAUCUGUUUAAGCUGUUGCUGAUCGGAGAUUCUGGGGUUGGGAAGAGUAGCCUCCUUUUGAGCUUCACCUCCAACACCUUUGAAGAUCUCUCUCCUACGAUCGGGGUGGACUUUAAAAUAAAAAUGGUUACACUUGGUGGGAAAAAAUUAAAGCUGGCCAUCUGGGACACAGCUGGGCAGGAGCGGUUCAGAACAUUAACAAGCUCGUAUUAUAGAGGAGCACAAGGAGUUAUAAUGGUCUACGAUGUAACACGACGUGAAACAUUUACAAAUCUUUCUGAUGUAUGGGCUAAGGAAGUGGACCUCUACUCAACUAAUCAGGAUUGCAUCAAGAUGCUUGUUGGAAACAAAGUUGAUAAGGAAAGUGAACGGGUUGUCACAAAGAAAGAGGGAAUUGACCUUGCCCGUGAAUAUGGAUGCCUUUAUCUCGAAUGUAGUGCAAAGACUCGAGUUAAUGUUGAGCAAUGUUUUGAAGAGCUUGUUCUAAAGGUAGAAAUUGAGGUUAUUCAUUUCUACUUCAUUUGAUGAAUAGAUCUUAGAUACACCGAGCCUCUUGGCGGAGGGCACAGCAGGUGGGAAGAGGAACAUUUUUAAAGAAAAACCACAAGCCGACGCUUCAACCAGUGGUUGCUGUUCAUGAUAAUCAUUAGCUGCCAUUUUCUGAUCUUGCAUUCGAAAGCAUGAUGGCAGGGUAUGGGUGGAGACAGGCGAAAAAAUUUCAUCUUGGACAUGAAACUGUAAAUUCGGCCUCAAGACAUUGGCAUCUGUUGUGAUUAUACUCCUGCAAUUAUACAUACUUCAGAAGAAGCCAAUCUGUCUUUUGGCCAUGAUAUCUUUGUUUGUUUUGUUUCCAGUUUGAUUUUAAAGAAAAAAUGUUUUCAGCAUGGUUGAAACAUUUCAUCUUCCACCAUGAUAUUGUUUUUAGGAAAUACUUUCUAUUGGAUCGUAUGGAAAGUUGAUACUAUGACUGUGAUCAUCUCGAAAUAGUGCUUGGCCGGGCUUCCUAUGA